AUGCCGCACAAAACGUCAUCUCGUGCCUCGUACAAAGGUCAAUUGACAACCCUCAAGAGGAACAUUGAGAGGUAUGAGAAUGAUCCGCAGCUGUUAACUGAGCCUAAAGCUAAAUCGGAGCUGAAAACUCAAAGAGACCUCAUGGCAAGUCAGUUGGAGGAGCAAAAACUCCAAAGAACUUCAGAGGAAAGGAAGCUGAAAGAAAUUCUGGAAGCUCAGAACAAUAAUUUCCGUUCUUAUUUGGAACAAUCCAGACAAGAACUUCUGAAUGCUUCACUAGAAAAUGAAACAAGUUUUGCGACACAAUCUUCUGCAAAAUUGGAGCCAAUUAAGGUCCCUGAAUUUUCGGGAUCUUAUGCUUCAUGGAGAACAUUCCAUGAUAUGUUCAUAUCCAUAGUCGACAGCAAUCCAUCGUUGACUAAAGCGCAGAAGAUGAACUACCUCAAAAAUGCUGUCAAGGGAGAGGCUGAGCAACUCAUCAGCAAAUUCAGCAUCUCAGAUGACAAUUACGCAAGAGCUUGGAAUCGUCUCAAAGAGAGGUACGAUGACAAACUUUCCAUAAUGUGCGCGCUGAUGGAUCAGUUUUUGGACCAGCCGUCAAUUACUCAGCCCAAUGUUGCAAGUAUCAGGCGCAUCCAAUCUAACACUUCAUCAGCAAUUGACGCAUUGGAAGGGAUGAACAUUGCUCAACGAGAUCCAUGGCUCAUCCAUUGGAUGCUGAGGAAAUUUGACAGAGACACGAAGUGGCUUUGGGCGCAAGAGAAUCACGAUAUCUCCACCUCCACAUGGGAAGAUUUCGACCGGUUCCUGAACAAAAGAUGUCGCGCAUUAGAGCACACAGGACCCUCUGAGGACACUCCUGAACCAGGUCCGAACACUGUCGCCUCCAUGUCGAGUCAGUUGGCUUUGAAUCCCACGAUUCAUUCUUCGUAUAAGUUAACUUCCUCCACAACACCCACGUGUUUAACUACUAACGGGGGAGUUCAAUCCAACGUGCUUUUUGCCACUGCUGUGGUAACGGUGUUAGGUCAAAACAAUCAGAAACAUUUCUGUCGAGUUCUUUUGGAUCCAGCUUCACAGGUUAAUAUCAUUAGCACCAAUUUGUGCCAACUGUUGAAGCUCCCAUGUAAGAUUUCUCGUUUUUCCAUCAAUGGAAUAAAUGACAGCACACAAUUGUGCAAACAAGAGACUCAAGUCAAACUUGAAUAUGAGAUUAACAAUAUUCUCAUGAGCCAGUCUCUUGACUGUCUAGUCAUGCCACGUGUGACUACAGACCACCCCAAUUGGGAGGUCAAUGAUGCCAAGAUCAAGAUCCCAUCUCAUCUUAAGUUAGCAGAUCCCCAUUGGAACCACUGCCAACGUAUAGAUCUUUUGAUAGGUGGGGCAAAUUCUUGGGAUUAUUUCGGUGUCGACAAGUAUGAAUUGGGAGAGGGCCAACCGCGUCUGCUCAAUAGCGUUUUCGGAUGGUUAGUAGUAGGUCCUUGUUUUAAGGUCUCACCACCUCAACCCGUCUCGUGCAACGUCACCACCUUAGCUUCACUCGAUAAAACCAUGAAACAGUUCUGGGAAAUCGAAGAUAUCCCCAAAGAGGACGUCAAAUCGUUUGAGAAAGCUGAGGCGGAGAAAUCCUUUGACACAACUGUCACUCGAACUAAAGAAGGGAGAUAUCAAGUUCAACUUCCUCUCAAUGAGAACAUUCAGGUCUUACAUUCCAAUCGAAAUCAAGCAUUGCGUCAAUUUUCGCACCUUGAACGCCGACUUGAUAAGAACUUGACUCUCAAAGAAUUAUACUUAACUGUAUUUCGUGAGUAUUUACAGUUGGGAAUUAUUGAACGGGUCCCUGCAAACCAAUUGUUUGCUCCUUCAAUACCAAAAUACUAUAUGCCACAUCACUGCGUGAUUAGGGAAAAUGCGUUGUCCACCAAAGUUAGACCAGUAUUUAAUGCAAGUUCCGUCACAGCGUCAGGUGUGAAUCUCAAUGACUGCUUGCAUGUGGGACCUAUCGUUCAGCCCCUUCUGAUUUCAAUCCUUUGGAGAUUUAGGAUGCAUAAAUAUGCAUUAACUUGCGACAUUGUUAAAAUGUAUUUGCAAGUUGAGCUUCACCCUUCCCAUAGAGACCUGCAAAGAUUCGUGAUCAGACUCGACAAUGAAAUCGAAGAUUUUCGAUUUACACGGGUUUGUUUUGGGGUUGCCAGCUCUCCAUUUCUGGCAACUAGGGUUCUCAUGCAGUUGGCAGAAGGCGAAGGUAAUCGAUACCCAGCUGCAGCUAAAGUCAUUCGCGAGAAUACCUAUGUUGAUGACUGUUUGUUGUCAGCACCCACCGUUGAUGAGGUUUUGAAAAUUAAAGAAGAAUUGAAGUCCCUAUUUCUCUUGGCAGGCAUGGAAUUGUCCAAAUUUCAAUCCAACAGCUCUGCUGUGAUGGAAUCGGAGGUUUCCUCUUCUACUAAUGAGGAAGUCAAUUUGAGUUUCGAAACCAAAACCCUUGGAAUUGUUUGGCUACCAAGUCAAGACUGUUUUCAGUUUCGUGUUUCCAAUUUGGCUGAUCAAGCUCUCCCAACUAAACGCCACAUUCUAUCCACUAUUGCGCGUAUUUAUGACCCAUGUGGCUUUGUUGGUCCCAUUCUGACCAGAGCAAAAUUAAUAAUGCAAGCAACAUGGAUUGAAGAGCUCGACUGGAGGGACGAAGUAUCCCAGAGUGUGAGGGAAAGGUGGGGGGAAUUCAUUUCUGAUCUGCCAAACAUUGAAGAACUGAAAAUCCCACGGUGGUAUUCCAAAUUUGACCGGGUGGUUGGCAGAGAACUCCAUGCGUUCUCGGAUGUCAGUGGGGUCGCGUAUGGUGCGGUGGUUUUUCUCGUAACAAUCAACGAGUUAGGAGAAAGAUUUUCUAGACUUGUUUCGUCAAAGUCUCGAAUCUCUCCACUUGACAAAAAGAAAAAUUCCAUGCCUAAACUCACUAUCCCAAAGGCUGAGCUUUGUGCUGCAGUUUUGGCUGUGGAUCUCAUGAUCUCAAUUUCACAGUCACUGGAAAUUGAGAAUUGCAAUUUCUGGACUGAUUCAGCUGUAGUUUUGUGUCAGAUCCAUCAACCCAAACCUAAACAAGACGUAUUCGUCCGCAACCAGACCAAAAUCAUUUUGUCACAUUCAAAAACCCACCAAUGGAAUUAUGUGUCAACGCAUGAGAACCCGGCAGACCUCAUCUCGCGAGGCACAAGCGCCAAAGAUUUAUUAUCGAGCGACUUAUGGUGGUCUGGACCCAAGUGGUUGUGCCUUAAGAGGGAAAACUGGCCCCCAGUGUUCUCUAUUUCGUCAUUUCACAUGCGUUCUCCUCAAGCGUUAUGCUUUGUGGAAAGUUCCAUUCCCAAAGGGGGAGAAACAGAAACACAAAAAUUUCGUUCAAUUUACGAACAUUUAGUUUGUCGUAUUGGAACAUUCACGCGUAUGGUCCGGACGCUUGCGUGGUGCAUCAGAGCUUCUGAUUUCUUCAAGUCUCAUCGACGUGUGACACGAUCUCUUAAGAUAGCGCAACAAUCACCACUAACAGUUAGUGAAAUUUGCAAGGCUGAGACUUUGCUCAUCAAAUGGGCACAGCACGAGGAAAUGCCUGAAGUGGUAAAUGCAGUGGCUAAAAACACCCUCGACUCUAACAACAAAUUGAAAUACAUCAGAAAACUCCGUCCAUUUCUAGAUUCUGAUGGGGUAUUGAGGGUGGGGGGAAGACUUCAUUAUUCUAAUGAACCCUACAAUGUAAGGCAUCCCAAAAUUUUGCCAAAUGCAAAAAUUUCCCAUCUCAUUGCCGUUAGAGAGCAUGUCACUCUGAUGCACGCAGGUCCGCAACUUGUCCUUUCCCAUUUACGCCAAAAAUACUGGCCAAUUCGUGGUCGAAACCUCGUCCGAAGGGUUUUCCGUGAAUGCGUUGUUUGCAAAAAGGUCAAACCUCCGUCUUGCGAACAGCUCAUGGGGGAGCUUCCCGCAUGUAGAGUAUCUCAUAUCCGACCCUUUGUGGCCACUGGGGUGGACUUCACGGGCCACAUAAUGAUUAGACGUUUGCCCAGAGGCAAGUCCUUGGAAAAAGCGUACGUAGUAGUAUUCGUAUGCCUGAGUGUAAAGGCCGUACACUUAGAAUUGGUGACAUCAUUGUCAACAGAGUCAUUUAUUGCGGUACUGAGAAGGUUCGUAGCCCGUCGCGGAAUUCCCAAUCAAAUGUUCAGCGAUAAUGGGACAAAUUUUGUUGGCUCAGAUAAAGAGCUAAAGACCCUACUCAGUCACCAUGCAUCCCAAGAACGAAUUACAAACUUUGCUUCAUCCUUGUCUAUUCAGUGGCAUUUCAAUGCCCCUGCUGCUCCUUCUCAUGGAGGAUUAUGGGAAUCCGCCGUUCAUUCUUUCAAACACCACUUUCGUCGCACGGUCGGGCAAGCUCUGCUUACUUAUGAAGAGAUGGUAACGGUCUUGGCUCAAAUUGAGGCCAUUUUGAACAGUCGGCCUCUCGUAAGUAUUUCCGAAGACAGUGAAGAUCCUGUCAUUUUGACACCAGGCAAUUUCUUAAUUGGAAUUCCUCCUUUACAACUGCCUGAUCCUUCUGUAGGCCACUUGGCCAUGAAUAAAUUGAGUAGAUGGCAAUUAUGCCAACGCAUCCAGCAAGAUUUUGCUGCUCGCUGGAAGAAAGAAUACCUUUCAACACUGCAAAUCCGCAGCAAGUGGGAUAAAAAGCACAAAAAUUUAAAGGUUGGACACGUUGUGCUUUUAAUUGAAACCGAUAGUGCCACAACUCAUUGGCCACUUGGUGUUGUGAGGGAAGUUCAUCCGGGGGUUGACGGAUUGGUAAGGGUGGCUACAGUGAAAACUGCCAAGGGUGAAUAUAAAAGGCCCAUUACUAAACUAGUCCCUUUACUUUCGGAAUUAAAGGAUGAUUGA